UGAGCAGCUCCUAUUUAUGGAUAGAACUCAACAAUUUUUCUCAUUUUAACUUAGACAAAAUUUCCAGCUUUCUAGGUUUUUCUCUCUUGUUCUCUCUUGGCUAUAAAACAAACCUAUAAUUCCACAAGGUUUCUUGGGAUUUACUUUCCUUCCAAGCUAAAGGUAAGUGAACAAUUCAUGAGCUUGUACCAUGGAAACUAUAUGUUCUUUAAGAUUAAUUUUCGGACAGCCCUCUUUAUAAGUUUGGACAGUCCAUUGUUCUUAGUUAUUAAGGGAUUUCUCUUUCUCUUUUGAUGUAUGUGUGAUGGGAUUAUCCUAUUGAGGAAAUACAUAUUAAGACACAAAAAUACCAAGGAAAUCAAGGUAUGGUUGCUGUCCACUUUUGUCUUUUUUCCAUAUACAUGUGUUGAUAGAGGAUUGCAUAUAUUGGGUUGCUAUUAAAGGACGAUUGGGUGUUGUUGCGGACUGUUUUGUGUGUUUGUGUUGUGGGCUGCCCGGUUGCUAUUGGGAAAAGGCACAGGUGCUUCGGCAAACAUGCCUCCUCAGUAGGAGCCCAGGAUAUUCAUCUGCUAUUGUAAGGAUGCCGGUUACGAUGAGUAAGAGUAUAGGAAAGCAAAUAGAUGUGGCUGCCAGAGAAGGAACUAGCAAGACACCACCUAUACAAGCUAAUCAAAGUGAGGCUCAAGCUGAGUAUGUAUUAGAAACUUCUUCCACUCCAGAAGAGCUAAGAAGGAGGAGAACCGCACCCUCAGAGACACCUAUUAAUGCUACUGAUCAAGAUCUUAGAAAUGCGGUGCAACUUUUAUCUCGUAUAGUUGUUGGACAAGCUCAAGGGCAAGCCAUUCCUACUACAGGUUCUAGUGGUGCAAAUAGAGCAGCUAGCCUUAGGACGCAAGACUUUCUUAAGUUGGAUCCUCCCACCUUCACCGAAUCAGAUAUUAGUGAAAACCCACAGGACUUCAUUGAUCAAAUCCAAAGGGCUCUAGAUGUUAUGCAUAUAUCAAGUGAAGAGACAGUUGAGUUAGCAGCAUAUAGAUUUAAAGGGAAGGCUAUAUUUUGGUACGAAGACUGGAAACGAUCUAGAGGUAUCAAUGCACCCUCAGCUACUUGGAAAGAGUUCAAAGAGGCAUUUCUUGAUCAUUACCUUCCAUUCGAUAUUCGACAGGCCCAUGCAGAUCAGUUCUUGAAUCUUCUCCUAGGGAAUAUGAGCGUGAAGGAGUACAGCCUCCGAUUUAACUCCUUGUCUAGGUAUGCUCCUAAUGUUGUAGCUACUAUGGAUGAUAGAGUUCAUUGAUAUGUGGAUAGGUUAGAUCCAUAUUUGGUUAGAGAUUGUACUAUUGCUGCUUUGAACAAAGACAUGGACAUAGCAAGGAUACAAGCUUUUGCAUAAAAAUUGGAGGGUCAGAGGCAAAGGAGAAGAACAAAAGAAUUGGAAAUAGGAUAUUGCAAGAGGUCCAGAUCUACGGGGUAGUUUAUGGCAUCCCAAGGAGAUUUUAGGCUUCGAUUUUCUAAUAUACCACCCAGGCCAUUAUCUUCUUAUUCUGCAGCUAGUGCUCCACCACAGUUUCAAGGGUCCAAAGAUAAUCAAUUUGGGCUAAGAAGUGAGAGUCAGAGUUCACGAAGAAUGGGGUAUCAAGGGUAAGGAAGUAUGAGCCAAUUAAGACCUCCUCGACAACCAUGCAAACAAUGUGGAAAGUUUUAUUUAGGUGCAUGUCGGUUCGAAACAAAUACUUGCUUUUGGUAUGGUAUGUCGGGGCAUAUGAUGAGAGAAUGCCCAAAAGAGGCAUAGGUGGUAUGGCACGACCUACUGGAUCAGCCGUUGCAUCAUCAUCAUCGGUACCUUAUUCAUGUAGUGGUGCACAACCUAUGGGUCAUGUUAGGGGUGAUAAAGGAGCAACUAGUUCUAGUGGAGUUCAGAAUCGUACGUAUGCUCUAGCGGAUCGACAAAAUUUAGAGGCUUCUCCAGAUGUGGUUACAGGUACAUUGUCUAUCUUUUCACUUGACGUAUAUGCAUUAAUUGAUCCCGGUUCUACCUUAUCAUAUAUCACUCCAUUGGUUGCUGGAAAGUUCAAAAGAACACCAGAAUUGGUAGUUAAGCCAUUGGAAGUAUCUACGCCUAUUGGGGAAUCUAUUAUAGCUAGAAGGAUUUAUCGAAAUUGUAUUAUAACUAUUUGUGGUCGCGAUACGAUGGCUGAUCUUGUUGAG